UAAUUAUUCAGCCAUGGAGGACUAGUUGCGCUUGACGAAUGACUGAACCCAUUGGUUUUAGGACUGCAGUGUUCCUUUCAUUCAGAGCAGGACGCAUUCGUCGUUGUGCUUCUUCGACUUGCCCAAGUGUAAGCUUCUGCCAAUCCAAGGGCCCAAGGAAGGGGUUGUUGCCAUCGCUGAGAGCUCUCUGUUUGGACCUUUAUAGUUUGGCUCGAAUCUGGCAGUUCGGUAUUCUGUGACUUCUGUUGUGUGCUAAGCACUAGCUGUUACUGUUAGUAUCCAAGAGGCGGGCAUGGAGCCUUUUAGCGGUUUGGUUCUGUGAGUUCUUGUCCGUCCGUGGGACUCAGGUUCUUCAGAGCUGAUGAUGUCUCGCAUGCUGGCAUGCGAGUAAAGCUUGCUGUGCAGCAGUACGUCCACCGAUCAGAACACUUGUCAAGGUUGCCAUCGAACGUUUAAUCCGCCAUGGUUAUUAAGCUCCAGGUGGCUCUGAGCUUCGUGGCGAUCAUCUCGAUCCUCUGCGGUUUCUGCACGGCGUACACUCCUGCCGACAACUACCUCAUCAGCUGUGGCUCUUCGGUCAACACGAAGGUCGGCCGGAGGGUCUUCGUCGCCGACAGCGACUCCGGUUCCGUCACUCUGACAACGCCCAAAAGCGCCGCCGUGAAAGCCUCGCCCGACACGCCGUGGUCGGGUUCCGAUUCCGACGAGGCCGCGCCGGCGCUGUACCAGACCGCCAGGGUGUUCACGGCGCCGUCGUCCUACUCUUUCGGCAUCAGCCGGCCCGGCCGCCACUUCGUCCGCCUCCACUUCUUCGCCUUCGCGUGCCAGGGCUACGACCUCGCCGCCGCGAGCUUCAAGGUGUCGACGCAGGACGUCGUCCUGAUGGACGGCUUCGCACCGGAGAAUAAGACGACGGACGGCACGACGUCCUCGGCGGUGCGCAGGGAGUUCCUGCUGUACGUCACCCGGGACACGCUCGUCGUCACGUUCGUGCCGCUGGUGGCCGGAGGCGGCCUCGCCUUCGUCAACGCCGUCGAGGUCGUCUCGGUCCCCGACGACCUCAUCGUUCACCCGGUACGGACGUCGUCCGACCAGCUGCUCGACCCUGCCGUGAUGCCGCUGCAGACGGCGUACAGGGUCAACGUUGGCGGCGCCGCUGUCGCCGCCGACGGCGACACGCUAACGCGGGAAUGGACCACCGAUGAGCGCUACCUGGCCGCCUCCAUCAGUCGGUCGGUCAACAUCAGCACCCAAGAGUUAGUCUACAACGGGAGGCUGGAUUAUCUCCCCGGCCAGGCGACGGCCGACGACGCGCCGGACAUCGUGUACGCCACGGCCAGGGAGCUGGCCAUGUCGGACACGGUGGACCAACUGGCGUGGCAGUUCGACGUGGACGAGCGGCCGUCGAGCUACCUGAUCAGAUUCCACUGGUGUAACAUCGUGGGCAUGGCGGUGGCGCCUCACCUGCUCAGCAUCGAUGCGUACGUGGGUAGCCACGUAGUGGUCACCGGUCUUAAUCUCUCCAUGAUAGGGAACGGCGCGUUGGCCGUCCCAUACUACAAGGAUUUCAUCUUGGAUUCCAGCGAUCCGUCCGGCAAGAUCGCGGUUUAUGUUGCCUCGUCGUCGUCGAUGAAGAUGAACAGAAGCACACUGCCAGGCCCCAUCCUGAACGGGGUCGAGAUCAUGAAGAUGCACUUCAGCUCAGGUUCUGUCGUCGUCGUCGAGCCGACGGCAGGAUCGAAGGCACAGCAUUUGGCCAUCGUUUUGGGCUCAGUAUGUGGAGCAUUCGCCGCCGUGUCCAUUGCUGCUGUACUUGUCAUUUUCCUUAGGAAGAAAGAGGAGAAGGUGCUGCCUACACCGUCGUCGUCCCGGAGCCAGUCGCCGACUCCAUGGAUGCCGCUCCUCGAUCGACUGAGCUUGCGCAGCCGACGACCGGGCGCCAGCGGAACAGGUUCAUCCAAAUUCGCCGUCGACAGAGACAUGAUCCCCAUCGCUGCCUCUCCGGUCCCGAGCUACCGCUUCCCGUUCGCCGUGCUGCGAGACGCGACCAACGACUUCGACGAGCGGCUGGUCAUCGGAGCCGGCGGCUUCGGCAAGGUGUACCGCGCGACGCUCCCGGACGGCACCAGCGUGGCCGUGAAGCGCGCGAGCCCGGAGUCGCGGCAGGGCGCGCGGGAGUUCCGCACGGAGAUCGAGCUGCUGUCCGGCCUGCGCCACCGCCACCUCGUGUCCCUCGUCGGCUACUGCGACGAGGGCGACGAGAUGAUCCUGCUGUACGAGUACAUGGAGCACGGCUCUCUCAGGAGCCGCCUGUACGGCGCCGGCGCCGCCACGGCGGAGCGGGCGCUCGGCUGGGCGCAGCGGCUGGAGGCCUGCGCCGGCGCGGCUAGGGGGCUCCUCUACCUGCACACGGCCCUGGCCAAGCCGGUGAUCCACCGCGACGUCAAGUCGUCCAACAUCCUCCUGGACGGCGGCCUCGCCGCCAGGGUCGCCGACUUCGGCCUGUCCAGGGCCGGGCCGGAGCUGGAGGAGACGCACGUCAGCACGGCGGUGAAGGGCAGCUUCGGGUACGUGGACCCGGAGUACGUGCGCACGAGGCAGCUCACCACCAAGUCCGACGUGUACUCGCUCGGCGUCGUGCUGCUGGAGGCGCUGUGCGCGCGCCCCGUCGUGGACCCGAGGCUCCCCAAGCCGAUGGUGAACCUGGUGGAGUGGGCUCUGCACUGGCAGGGCAGGGGCGAGCUGGACAAGAUCGUCGACCGCCGGAUCGCCGCCGCGGUGAGGCCCCAGGCGCUGAGGAAGUACGGCGAGACGGCAGCCAGGUGCCUCGCGGCGCGCGGCGCGGACAGGCCGGCGAUGGAGGACGUCGUGUGGAGCCUGCAGUUCGUGACGCGGCUGCAGGACGACGACGGCCUCGAGUUCUCCGACGUCAACAGCCUGAGCCUGGUGCGCGAGCUGAUGCCGCCUUUGGAUUCUCGUCGGACAAGCUCGCAUCAGAACGAAGCCGGGUGCGAGGAGGGAGAGGGUGCCACUGACGCCAGCUUCACCGAUGUCGAUGUGUCCGUGUCCAUGCGAGGUGUCUUCUGGCAGAUGGUCAAUGUGGGCGGCAGAUGAAGCAUAGAACAUGCUAGAAGGCCAAAAUAAGGAAAUCUGAUAGAUUUACUUUCAACCUGAUCAAUCAUCAGAUUAACAAAUGUCCAGGCUGCAAUGCAUGAAUAAUGGUAGGUUGAGGUUUCUA